UCUUAUUUAGAAGGCCUCUGCGCUCUGUGAGGAUGCUCUGUCAAAUUGUAACGGACGUACAGUUCCUCUUAAAAUGUAACAUUUAAGUAACGAGAUCGGCAAGUAAUCUUUCCUAACCCAAACGACGAGUCCGGGUUUGCUAUUUGAUUUUCAGAUUUACUAAGUCCCAAUGUGGAGCAAGAGAUAGACAGCAUUGUAAAUAGAAGGUACUCUGUAUGCGAGACUAGACGGAUCUAAAUGUCAGCACGCAGACUUCGCGAAGGGGAGUCUUCUACAUGCUUUCUGCAAGGAUACAAAUAGUCGUAAGUCUUGUUUCCGGGGAGAUUUCUGCAGAGUGACACUUAUCCGCUUUGGGAGGCGGGUCUUCCGGAUUGGAGGCGGUGUCUCGCACGUGUGCGGUUGUCAUUGUAGUUGCAGACUGAUGCACUCAAGCUGAUGUUGCACUUGAACAGUCUGACUGACCUCAUCUUACCGACCGCGCUGCGAGUCCUGAAGCCGUGGUUUAAGAGAAGUGCAUCCAAUACAUUUUCCCCAGUCAGCCUUUUCACCACCAGCUGCGGAGGCUCAAUGGCGAAGACCAAAUUCGAGUAUGUACGAAAAUUUGAGACUGAGGACACCUGCCUAAGGAACUGCUGGAUUGUGGUUCGAUUAGAUGGGAGAAAUUUCCACAAGUUUGCAGAGGACCACAAAUUUAAAAAGCCUAAUGAUGAUCGUGCCCUCCACCUUAUGACACGGUGUGCUCAGGCUGUAAUGGAGGGUUUAGAAGACAUUGUGGUUGCUUAUGGACAAAGUGAUGAGUACAGUUUUGUUUUCAAGAAGGAGUCUAACUGGUUUAAAAGAAGAGCGAGCAAGUUCAUGACACACGUGGCUUCCCAUUUUUCUUCAAGCUAUGUUUUUUACUGGAAGGACUAUUUUCAUGACCAGGAGCUGCUUUACCCACCAGGGUUUGAUGGAAGAGUAAUUUUGUACCCAAGUGAUGAGAACCUCCGAGACUAUCUGAGCUGGAGACAGGCUGAUUGUCACGUCAACAACCUUUACAACACUGUCUUCUGGAACCUUGUGCUAAAGGGAGGAUUAACAAACACACAGGCUGAGGAAAGACUGCGGGGCACUCUUUCGUCUGAUAAAAAUGAGAUUUUGUUUUCGGAGUUCAGCAUAAACUACAACAAUGAGCCUUUGAUGUACAGAAAAGGCACAGUGCUUGUUUGGACAAAGGAGGUUGAAACAAGAACAAAAAAUGCCAAAGGUUUAGUGGAGGAAAAGGGGAAUGACACUGUGGUUAAGAAAAGUGUGAAGAAAGCAACACCACUUCAUUGUGACCUUAUUGGGGACAAGUUUUGGGAGGAGCACCCAGAUAUUUUAAUGGGUCACUGACAACACAAGGCUUCAGAUUUUUUUUUUUUUUUUUUUUUUUUUAAUUCUGAGUGACAUCUUCGGCAUUCUAAAACUUCCUGCAUACAGUAUAUUUAACUGUGGGCUUCGGACGCCAUUGUCGGAUGAUACUGUAAAGAAAUAAACAUCCCUGCAAAAGAUGCCAUCUUGAUAGCUGUCAGCCUUGAGAGAUUAUUUCUUGAAACCUUUCUUGCAAAAAUUUACAAAUGAAUCCGAUUCCUCCAACUGAACUGUUUCAAAGCUGAUUGUCCCCAGUCCAGAUUUUUAUAAGCUGUCAAAAAGGUUCCUUUUGAUUUUGAUCUGCUGGUGUUGAUCUGAUCACUGCUGAACACGGUUUGUGCUUUGCUAUGUGGGAGUCAUGCAAGUUAAGAUUCUUAGUGCUGCUGGAGACCUGGGAGAAGUUGGCGAGCUCUGGCAGCAGGUCAGCCUGUCCUAGAUUACAGUUUGUCAUGAAUUACACAAGCCUCCAGGCGUCAGUGCUGGAAUAUCCUGGUGAUUUGAGUUAUUACAGUCGAUGGGGGAUUGGGAUUCUCCUUUAAUUAAUUAUACAGCACCUUAAGCUGCACUGCUCUCAGAUUUGUAUUUGUUUGUAUUUCUGCAUAUGUCCGUGUGCUGACAUCCUCCGUUAUGAAUUGUGUGUCGAUCCUUGUGAGCGUCUGCUGUGCAGCUGGGUGUAUUAGUGGACUUCUCUCCACCCCAAGGCCGCCUGUCUCAAAUGGCCGAGGAGCCUUCACAUUCACUGGACAUUGGCGUGGGCAGCUCUGUCCACAACAGGAAAGUGUUUUCAUUGUUAACUAUGGCAAGGCUUUUUUGAAACUUGUAAAAAAUGUAUAAAAGUGCUUUAUCCUUUUUUAUUUAAACCUCUUAUUAACAUA